AGUAGUAUGACAGAGCACGAGGUCAUGUGAUAUGCCAGGUAUAGCAUGUAGCGGGGGAUGAUUCAUGUCGGGGAAGGCCUCACUUCGGAUAGUAGAGUUGCUAGAAAGAGCUCGUAUUGAAGGGGAUUGGACUCAUGUUAGUCAGUACGCGGAACAGUUGCCGAGAGAGUACUCGGUGCUGAAGUUUGUAAGUCUGGGGGAAUGUCUGUUGGAGGGACAGCAGAACGGCAAGAUCAGUUACAACUCAUUACACCUCGCUAAGGACUACAUUAACAAGGCGCUGAACACUAAGAACGACCGUGAGGGCCAGUACUACAAGGAGGCGAUGCUCCUCCAAGCCAAGACUUGUUACAUCCAGGCUAAGUUCCAGGAAUGUCUUGACAUACUCGACAAGGUUGAUAUGGAGAGUUUGAGAAAGGAUGUGCUGACUUUCAACGCUUCCCGAGCUCUGGCUGAUGCCUACGUUUAUAAGGGAAUGGCUAUGGAGUAUUUGAAAUUUGUGUCAAACUCAGAGGAGGACACAGAUAUAGAGAGUAUAGUGGAGUGUUACGAGACAGCUGGAGACCUGGGCUUAGAGCUCCUUAACAGCAUCAGUAGGAGCACACUCAACCUCACUCUGUCUGGAGUGUUGGAGAUCGCUCUUCUCAGAUCAUUCCUCCUGCAAAUGUCACAUGGAAUGGUAGAGAAAGGGUUGCAUAGACUAAGAAGAAUACUACAGACCUCUGAUAUGCCCGGUUCUGACAACCUCAGACUCACCUUAUCUCUCACUCUCGGUCAAGUGUUGCUACAAGGACUGCCUGACAACCAGUGGUCUCCACUAGUACACAGAGACACUGUUUCAGACACACUUACUAAACGGGGUCGCAACACCCCUACUCUUAAGAAAUACGAGACUGUGUUCUGUCCUUGUAACAAAGUAGAGGAGGCGUUGCUAUCAUUACUUAUAGGACAGGUGCUGCUGUACAAAGAGGGUUGUGUCAGUGUGCACCAGGAGGACGAAGUGGUUUACAAACAAGCAAACAAACAAGCCCACACCCUACUCAACCUUCUCGUCUCCCUUCUCGCUAAAUACUCCCAGCAUCGGCCGCUAGCAGACGUCAUUGAGAAAUUCCUUAAGUACAGUCACGAUGACGAGCACAUCUGCAAGCAGUUCGGCUUGUCCCUAAUCUCCUCUGAGCAGUUUGUCCGGGGUGCAGCUGUUCUGCAGAAAUGCCAUGAUAGAAAUGUGGACGUCUCUAUUGCUCUAGUCUUAACUCAGACGUACGUGAGACACCUGCAACGUCACGCGGACGCUAUAAAGAUAUGUGACGAAUGUAUGCCUCUAGCAGAGGCCCCCCAUGAGAGGAGUAGGGUGUAUCUUUACAGAGGGGUCGCCGAGGCUGCUCUCUGUCGAUCUUCUAGAUUACGUGAAGAUCAGAACUUAUACAAUAAGAGGUCGAUAGAGAGUUUCCAGAAGUCAUAUUCCUUGGACCCGAACUGUUCGCAAACUUGGUACCACUUAGCUUUACGACUUGCUAGUGUUGGCGAAAUAAAAAAGGCGUUCAGGUUCGCACACAAGGUGGAAGCGUCCCCCGGAGUUGUGAACAUGGUGGACGUAUCGCAUUUACUCGCACUGGUUUUAUCUGCUCAAAACAAGCUGGAAGAGGCCCUAAACAUGGUCACACUAACUCUGAUGAACUAUCCUGAUAACUUAAACUUGUUGAUAACUAAAGUUAUGCUGGAACGACAGGUUCAUGGGGGUCACAGUGCCCUCGUCACCUGCAAGGAGGUAUUACUGCCCCUGUUAGAAAGACUGAGCACGAGUGCAUCUAAAGAAAUGUUAGACCAAACCUAUCUUCCUUACUCCGACCAGUGGACCUCAGGGAAGUUCCAGUUAACCCAGUGGAGUGACAGGGUAUCCACGCACACUACAGCCAGCUUUACCGGCUCCACUAUUGGCACUCUGCCAGCCGAGAGCCUGUGCGAGAGUAUUGAUAGUGCUAUUGGCUGCGAUCAGAGCAACUGGGGAUAUCAGGCUGAAGUUUGGUACACAAUUGCAGACGUUUUCUUAUCAGAAAAUAUGAUCUCCGACGCCCAGAAGUGUGUCGACGAGAUAAAACAGCUCUUUCCUCUUUCUCAUCUAGUUUCCUACAUGAACGCGAGGAUACGUGAAAAUGAAGAUAACCAGAAAGAAGCUGAACAACAGUACAUAAACGCAGUAACGCUCACGCCUCUCCACGUUCCGUCCCUUGUUGCCCUGGGAAGACUACAAAUAGAACUCAACAAACCAAUACUUGCUGAACAUUAUCUAGUGGAGGCUACACAUCUCAAGCCGGACGAGUAUGAAGCGUGGCACUACCUGGGCCAGCUCCAUCAGCUGCAGGGUUGUCAUCAGAAGGCUGCUGACUGUUUCCUCACCGCUCUCCGCUUCGAGUCUUCUGCUCCCGUCCGACCUUACAGCGUACUUAAAUGGAAGUUGUAGCCUUGACCAGGUCGAACAUUGUGACCAUUGUGGCCUUGAUAGUUUGAAGCUUUAAAUGUUGUAUCAGUAGUGACUAGUGGUGACUAGUAUUAGUGACCAAUAGUGACUAGUGGUGACUAGUAUUAGUGACCAAUAGUGACUAGUGGUGACUAGUAUUAGUGACCAAUAGUGACUAGUGGUGACUAGUAUUAGUGAGCAGUAGUGACUAGUGGUGACUACUAUUAGUGACCAAUAGUGACUAGAGGUGACUAGUAUUAGUGACCAGUAGUGACUAGUGGUGACUAAUGGUGACUGGUAUUAGUGACCAGUAGUGACUAGUGGUGACUAGUAGUAGUGACCAAUAGUGACUAGUGGUGACUAGUAUUAGUGACCAGUAGUGACUAGUGGUGACUAGUAGUAGUGACCAGUAGUGACUAGUGGUGACUAGUAUUAGUGACCAGUAGUGACUAGUGGUGACUAGUAGUAGUGACCAGUAGUGACUAGUGGUGACUAGUAGUAGUGACCAAUAGUGACUAGUGGUGACUAGUAUUAGUGACCAGUAGUGACUAGUGGUGACUAGUAGUAGUGACCAGUAGUGACUAGUGGUGACUAGUAGUAGUGACCAGUAGUGACUAGUGGUGACUAGUAUUAGUGACCAGUAGUGACUAGUGGUGACUAUUGUUAGUGACCAGUAGUGACUAGUGGUGACUAGUAGUAGUGACCAGUAGUGACUAGUGGUGACUAGUAGUAGUGACCAGUAGUGACUAGUGGUGACUAGUAGUAGUGACCAAUAGUGACUAGUGGUGACUAGUAUUAGUGACCAGUAGUGACUAGUGGUGACUAGUAGUAGUGACCAGUAGUGACUAGUGGUGACUAGUAGUAGUGACCAGUAGUGACUAGUGGUGACUAGUAUUAGUGACCAGUAGUGACUGGUGGUGACUAGUAUUAGUGACCAGUAGUGACUAGUGGUGACUAGUAUUAGUGACCAGUAGUGACUGGUGGUGACUAGUAUUAGUGACCAGUAGUGACUUGUGGUGACUAGUAUUAGUGACCAGUAGUGACUGGUGGUGACUAGUAUUCGUGACCAGUAGUGACUGGUGGUGACUAGUAUUAGUGACCAGUAGUGACUGGUGGUGACUAGUAUUAGUGACCAGUAGUGACUGGUGGUGACUAGUAUUAGUGACCAGUAGUGACUGGUGGUGACUAGUAUUAGUGACCAAUAUAUUCCGUUGGACAGAUUGCUAAGCGUAGCUGGUUUAACUUUGACAAAGCUAUAGUUUACAAUUUGAAGUGUAUAUUCGAUUACUUAUUGUAGUUUUAUAAUGAAGUAUAUGCAUGAAUAUUUCAAUA